AUGUAUCUCAAUUCACAUCUAUCUAUCUAUCUAUCUAUCUAUCUAUCUAUCUAUCUAUCUAUCUAUCUAUCUGUUUCAAUUCACAUGCAUCUACCUUUCUAUUUUGGUAUUAAUAUUAAUAAACAUUACCGCUUGUACUCUCUCUCCCCACCAGUUCUUCCUCCCCUCCCCCUAGCACCCCGCCCGACUGUUCUCCAUUUGAGUCGCCUGUUGCAUCCGAGAGAGAAUUUCUGCCUUAUCGUGUAUCGCUCAGUCCGUGAAUCUAUCUAUCUAUCUAUCUAUCUAUCUAUCUAUCUAUCUAUCUAUCUAUCUAUCUAUCUAAUGUUGUUUCUAUCUAUCUAUCUUGCUAUCUAUCUAUCUAUCUAUUUAUUGUUUCUGUUCAUAUCUAUCUAUCUAUCUAUCUAUCUAUCUAUCUAUCUAUCUAUCUAUCUAUCUAUCUAUCUAUCAUCUCCUCAAUAUUUCUCUCUCUCUCUCUCUCUCUCUCUCUCUCUCCCUAUCUAUAUAUUUAUUUAUCUAUCUAGCAAGCUAGCUGUCUUAAUCUGCCCAUAUCUAUCUAUCUAUCUAUCUAUCUAUCUAUCUAUCUAUCUAUCUAUCUAUCUGGCUGCUCUCUUAUCAAAACACGAUGAGUAUAAUAUAUGA